AUGUCGUCCUACCCUCAAUACAAACCACAACCACCUGCGCCGUACCCAACGACGCCUGGUCCCACACAAGCGCAGCCUCAACAACCACCAUUCUACCCACCAACACCGCAGCAACAUCAACAGCAGCAGCACGCGCUCUACUCGUCCACACCACCCACCUUCUCCCAGCCCUUCUAUUCUUCAUCGCCAUCAUCCCUACCAAACGCAGCCAUGGGGAUAAACCCCAUCAUCCCCCAGCAAAAAGCCCGCCGCUCUUCAUCAACAUCAUCAACCUCCUACCCAUCCCAACCAUGGCCGGGCAAAAUGCAGCCAAUCCCCAUCCCAAUGCGCCAGCCAAAUCCCUCAGACUACUACUACCAACAACAACGAACGCCGCCUUCCUCUUGGCCCCCGCAACAGCAACAGCAAGGCUACGGCUACGCACCACAGCCACAGACAGCGCCAUUUCCCAUCUACGCGCAACGCCCCGCGUCCAUGCAGUCUACGCAUAGCGGUAGUUACCAUAGCCAACAGCACAUGCACGACACGCCUGUCUACGCCAAUGGAGAAGAGAAAUACGAAUCAAAGUAUGGGCCGAUUGAUGAGGAUACGGAGCGCGAGUAUGAACGGCGGUAUGCCAAGGAGAAGAGGGCACAGAGAGCGCUGGAGAAUAGACCGACUCUGGGGGGCAGCUUGUUGAGUAUGGUGGGGAAAGUUGGGCGGGCGAUUGGUGGGUCGGAUAAACGCUAG